GGUUGAGCAAGGCUAAAACAAGGCGACUCUCCUAGUAGCUUGCCUGGUGCUCUUCAGGAGGUCUUCCAUGAUGUGAUCAUGGACGCAGUCAAAACAUUGUGAAAGUUUGUAAGAUAAAGUGAGCUUGUUGGCAUUGACAAUGCUGGGAUUUGGCUUCCUGCAGGCAGGCUGAGCGGUGAGCGUACACUCCUCAGGAUGGCACUGGGGCCCCUUUGGGCUUGGCUGCGCUCAGGGUCCACCAGACAGGGCCUCUUGACAGCAGCUUGGCCUGCAGGCAAGCUAGAGUGCGGCAGCACAGGCUUUGUUGGCGAGCUGCUUUCCCAAUGCAGGACGUUGCAUGGUUCGGCGGCGCUUGGCUUUAGGAACAAAGCUGCGCGGAGGGGGGCCGAAGAUGAGUGGGGUUGGAACCCCCUGCUGAGGUCGGAAGAGAGUGCGGCGCUCGGGGCGGAUGAAAUUAGAUGGGCUCUGCAGAGGGCGGAAGAGUUGGCGGAAAGGGAGAGGGAAUCGGUGGGGCAUACUGGGAACGAUGAGCGGGUGCGAGGUCCAAAAGCUAUGAGAGCAGAAGGUGGUGCUGUAGUGGAGAAUCGGGAAAGUGCGAAAAAGGGGGUGGUCGAGACAAGGGCGCGUGCGGUGGGGAAGAACGCAGCGCACAUCGAUGAAGGGCGGCGGAAAGGAGAACAAAUUGCAGGUGGAGUAAAAGCUCGACCAAAACCUGACGGGGCGAAGGCUGGAGUAGCAACAACAAGGGAGAGCUCUGUGAGAAGGCAAGGGGGGCAACUAGGGGGCGGGACACAACCGCGGCGGCUCGGGUUUGGGGUGCACAAAGAGGCCCCUUGGAGCGGACGGUUUCAGGUGCGGCAAGGGGCGGCUCUGACAGGCGACCUGUGGAACGAAGUGGCUCCUGACGUCGACGAAGGUUUCAGACAGUCUGCUGCAGAGCAAGAGAGUGUAGAUGGCGCCCAGGACAUCGCUGAGAGUGUCCGAGGUACGACUGAUGGCAUUCAGACUGGUGCGAUAGGGCGAUCGGUGGGAGAAGCUGUACAAGAGGAGUCUCAGACAGUGCCGGGGGUGUUCUCUGAGCAAGGUUUGGAAAGCGGCAACCGAUUGGACAGCAGCUGUCAAGAAGCGAGUACUUCUGAGAGAGGGCUUGACUCUUUUGAGGGGGAGGGGAGGGAUUUUGCGGGGAGGUUGUCGGGUGCUGUUAGGAUUGAGGAAGAAGCCCAGUCAACCGGGAGCAGAGCAAGAAUAUCCAGUGCAGACGGAACGAGCCCUUGGGGGGCAGAAUCGGAUCAGCUGACCCAGCAAAAAAGCACUGACAUUCAGACACGAAGCUCUUCCGCACGUUCAGGUGAAGCAGCUAGUGAGGAUAACCGAAGUUUAGAAACGCUAGAAGAAACAGACGCUCGGGUAAUGGAUAAUGCGCCAACACGCGACCUUUCAGAGCGCCAAUUGGGAAGGUCAGACGUUUCAGCACGCCUCUCAGAAGAUUCGGACGGCUCAGAUCGCUUUCUGGACGACUCGGACGCGUCUGAACGCGUUCCGGACCUUGAGGAGCUUCGGACGUGGCUGACUCAGUUGGACAGGCAGGGCGAGGGAGAACUGGAGGAGGAAGAAAAGGAGGAGCGGCAGGGCUCGGCGUCAGUUCCCGUGGAAAAGCAGAAGUCGCUGAGACUGGCAAUUAUGGGGCCACCAAAUGCGGGGAAGUCGGUGCUCACGAAUGCCCUGGUCGGCACCAAGGUGUCCGCCGUGUCCGCCAAGACCAACACGACGCGCGCGCCGAUCAUCGGCGUCUCGACGCACCGCACGACGCAGCUCGUCGUCUGCGACACCCCGGGGCUCGCCAGCCUGGCCCCGGGGCGUGAGCUGCGCAGCACGAACCAGCAGCUGGUCAACCGAGCGCAGAGGGCGGGGGCGGACUGUGAUGUCGUCAUUGUCGUGAUCGACGUUGCGCGGGAGAUUGAGAGGCCGGAUCCGCGGAUCCCUCGCAUGAUUGCCAAGCUAGGCGAGCAGUUGCCGACCGGUCAGAAGCACGCGCUUGUGCUGAACAAGGUGGACGCCGUCGGGCGUGCGGACCGUCCGAAACUGGAGGAGCUGUGCGAGCGGCUGAUGAUGCUGCACGCGUUUGACAGGUGCUUCGUGACGUCAGGGAAGCGCGGGCUGGGGCUCAAGCAGCUGUACCGCUACCUCCGAAAGAACGCCGUGCUGCGGCCCUGGGAGCUGCCCGAGGGCCGUCCGACGGACCUUUCGGACGAGCAGCGCGCGAUGGACAUCGUCCGGCAGCACCUGCUGGACCGGCUGCACAAAGAGAUUCCGUACAAGGUGGUGGUUAAGCCGGUGGGUUGGGCGGAAUCCGGUGACGGCGUGCUGGAGAUCCGGCAGGACCUGAUCGUCGACCGGAAGAAGAUCAAAGCGAUGGUGGUCGGCAAGAAGGGGGCUACAAUAAAGCAGAUUACUCUGGGGGCUCGGGAGGAGCUCGGUGAAAUACUCGGACGUCGAAUUGAGCUGUUUUUGAACAUCCGAGUCGAGGGCACGUAACUAUAUGAGAAACCCGCUGACAAUCGGGGGCGAACGGCUCCCGUGACGUCAGCUCUCAGUGCGUUUAGGCGGCAUUGCGCGGACGAGUCAACUGCGUAGCGGUAUGAUACAUUGCAGAGAAGCUAGGACAGCGAUGUGCUGAGUACGUUUUGUAACGUAGUCUAUCAAAUCGUGAGCUACAUUACUUUGCGGUGAUGAUCGGAUUUGAAUUCUUGCCACUUGCUGUGUCCUGUCAGGGCCGUCCGGUUUGGCAACAAAAGCGAACUGAUCGUGAGGUCGCUCUUUGAGGAGC